UCAACCGUAAGAGCCAUUGUUCCACACCCUUAUUUUUUAGACUUUUUCCGUGUUGAGUCAAACACAGGCUUCAUUCCUUUUAGUUCACCUUUACGACCAUACUUCCCUCAGAACCGAAAAACUUUAUUUCCGGGAAGCUGUCCGUCCAGGCGUACUAACCGCCAACGGAACGCUAAUCAGCAUCGUUUACGGUCAGAACUAGAACGAUAUCCAACCGCUUCAACCUCUGACUUUAAUUGAUU